CUAUGGUUAAGUUGUGCAUGUGCUGUUUAACUUUAACUGAUGAAUCAUUAGAUCAUAAGAUAAGCUAGCUAAUAAAAAUUCUGUGCAAACAUUAGCAUGCUAGAUUACGCAGUUUACUGAAUUAAGUUCAGUUAAGUGAGUUUGGAGGUUCAUUCAAAAAAUUCAGUGUAGCAAAGAAAAUUCACACCUUCACGUUGUGUAUUAUGGAGUCCCAUCUAGCCAUCUAGGUAAACUGGAAAAGUGGCUUCAGUAAUGCACACUCUAACAUAGAGAGCUGUAGUUUUUACCCAUCAGUGCCCUGUCUCUAUAAUUCCCAGCAUGCACUGCACAAAUACACUGCACAUCAUUUAACCGUUAAAUACAAUCAACCAAUCCCGACACUUCUCAUUAGCAUAUUCCUAACUCAUGUACGGCUGUUUAUCGCUACGCAACAGUAAAUACACAAAACUUCCUCGACUGAUGAGAUUGUUUCGCCUUCCGAAUAGUUUACGACAGAUUUAUCAGCGGUUAUAAAACGAUCGUAUAUAAAUGUGUCGUGUUGGACUGAUAAAGUGAAUCAGAUAAAAUGACAGCAUUUCUACUGAGUCAAGUGAUUUAUACGACUCAAACAAUUUAAACAAUUCAAGAGAUUGAAGUGAUUCAAGUGACUCUGGCAUUCAAAUGACUCCAGUAAUGAAAGUGAUUCGAGCGAUUAGUGAUUCAAAUGAUUCAAGUGAUUCUAGUGAGUCAAGUGACUCUAGAAAUCCACUAAAAUGAUACUAGCGAAUCAGUCGAUUCAUGUAACUCUAAUGAUUCAGUCAAUUUAAGUCAGUCAAGGUGUUAAAAUAAUUAGUAUAUUUUGAGAAACGUUUUAAAAGACUGUUAAACAUUCAGUUCCUAUAAGUCUGUAUUAUAUUUUUCCUUCUUCUUCUGCAUUUGUAGAAAAGAUGAAUUACUUUUUCCUGAUUUGUCUGAGUUAUGUUUAUUAUUUUCUGUAAAUAAAGAAAUGAAAGAAAAAACAUUAAAUAUACCAUAUAAAUAAAAUAUUAAUGUUGGAUGUUUUUCAUGGUUAGUGUGUUUAUGGGUAAUUUUUCAUCAUGGGUGUUUACUUUUUUCCUGCCUGUUUAUUAAUAGUAAUAGUUUUAAUGUGAUAAUUUUCUCAUGUUUUUAUUUGACAGAUCUGUCACCAUGAUGGAGGUCGUGCUGUUGUGCCUCUUUGGCUCCCUCACUGCUCUUCCUGUUCCCCGGGUGGAGGAGAUGCAGUCAGGAAGUGGGGAUUUUAUAGUCACCGGAGCAGCUGAUUCAGUCCCAGCGGUGAGUUCCUCACCGAGCAGCACUCUGCUCCCUCUCCCUCAGUCCUUCUGGCGUUCUCCCGGGAGAACCCACACUCAGCUCCAGGCUCCUGAGGAGAACUUCAUUCCUGUAUCUGAGCAGCGUCUGGAGGUCACGACCCCGAACCCCACUGCAUCUAAAGUGGGAGCCAAAACCCUGAGUGGUGCUCUGACCCUCCCUACUGAGGUUCCCAAUGGUCCAAGUGUUACAGAGUCCACGGAGCCGAAUCACACCGGAACCCCACCGCCCUCGACUCUGACUGCUCCACCCAGUGAACUGAACUACAGUCCUGUAAACACCAGCCUUGACACCUCACUUCCUGUCUCAGGUCUGAGGGGAAUGGAUUUGAAGCGUGCUCACAUCAGACCUCGGAGCGCUGAGAACGCAGAGGACAAUGAGAACGCAGAGAACACAAGGAACGAUGGCGAGAACAAGCGCAACACUGUGACCUCUGGCAAAGGGAAGAAAAAUACAGUAAAGGGAGGAACAAAAGAAACAAAAGCAGCAGCAAAGGGAGGAAAGAAAGAAACAGGAAAUGGACAGAAUGCGAAAACAGAGAAGGUCCAAAGUGCAGAUUUUAGCUUUGAGUUUGAUGGUUUUGGAUGGCUAGGUGAUGACCCUGGCCACACCCAAACAACACAAGGACCAAACAGCCCCGGUGACUCAAGCUCAAGCUCCAGUUCAAGCUCCAGUUCAAGCUCCAGCUCAAGCCCAAGUUCAAGCUCCAGUUCAAGCUCAAGCUCAAGCUCCAGUUCAAGCUCCAGUUCAAGCUCAAGCUCAAGCUCCAGUUCAAGCUCCAGUUCAAGCUCAAGCUCAAGCUCCAGCUCAAGCCCAAGUUCAAGCUCCAGCUCCAGCUCAAGCUCAAGCUCAAGUUCAUCAAGUGAAUCAAAAGACUCUAGUAGCUCCAGUGAGUCAAGUGAAUCAAGUGACUCAAGCAAUUCAAGUGACUCAAGUGAUUCAAGUGAUUCAAGCGACUCAAGUAAAUCUUGUGAUUCGAGCAAGUCCAGUAGUUCAAGUGACUCAAGUGACUCAAGUGAUUCAAGUGACUCUUGCAAUUCAAGCGACUCCAGUGAUUCAAGUGAUUCGAGUGACUCCAGUGAUUCAAGUGAUUCGAGCAGCUCAAGCAGCUCGAGUGAAUCAAAGGAAAUGCCUGUAGUUCAUCACAGUUCAUCCAACUCCAGUGAAUGAAUCAGAAAAACAAUCAGUUCUACUUAAUCAGAAUCAGUUCUCAUCUCCUCUCUAGUUUCCACGAUGUUACACGCUAGUGGUAGCUAACAGAUCAUACAGCUAAUUAGUUUAUCUAAUCUUUUUUUUCUUCAAAUUACUUUUCUUUUUGUGUACUCUAUUCAAAUAAAUGUUGUUAUAAAUAACAUAGACUCCAUGAUUCUUUGAAAUCUGAAUAAAAUCUUUACAUGCAUCCAAAGAAACACAGAAGAGCAAACUGUAGGAAGAAGAAAUGAGAGUUUUGCAAUAUUUUAGGCCUCUGUUUUGUUUGUAUGAAAAAAGAUUGCUGAGAUUGAGGGGACACCUCAUCACUAAGUGAUGUAUCAGAUGUGUGUGUGUGUGUGUGUGUGUGAAGUUCACUCACAGUCAGAAGAGUGCACUCAUUUAGCUUCAGAUUACAUUACAGUGUUAAUGAAGUUCAGAUGCUGGGUGUGUUGUGGUGUGUAAAAUAUAACCGCAGUCUGGGUCGCGCUCCGCUCCACGCCUUUCACAGACACGACACACACCUCUGACCUGAACGACAACACACACACACACACACACACACACACACACACAUAUAAAUACCAGUUUAACAUCAGUACAGGACCUGAGUAACGUACAGUUCUUUUUUUAAUUAUUUUAUUUUACUUUAGUUCCCACUGUAGACAUCGCUCAGUAACGUAAAGUAUAUUUAAUAAAACGUUGUGGCUAUGAUGCUGCAAAAAUAAUAAUAAUAAUAAUAAUAAUAAUGUUCCAGCAGUAGCACUGAAACAGAAGCUAACAUUAUGAUAAUGUUUGUGUUUACUACAUGUGAAUUAUAGAAGUCUGUAACCAUAAUGUUCAGAAAACGUUCUGCUAAACUGAAGUUGUAAUCUAGGCUUUCACCGUCGCUGGCAGCGGUGCCAGGUUCUGUCUCAUUUUCUGUAUACAUUUUUUUAAUGAAGCUUCAGACGUCGCAGUAAUUUCGACUCAUGAGGCCGAAGGCAAAGGUGAUUUCAUUUUGGCCCAGAUAAUAUAAAUAUAAACAACUUUCAGAAAUGUGAUAAGCUUUAUAAGUUGUAUUUUCUAUAUUCCAUUACAGAAGUUAAAAUUCAGGUUCAUUUCUAAAAAUGAAAAAGUC